GGCUUUGUUUUCCUCCCAGGUCGCAUUCCCCACACGUGAUACUGUGUUAUUGCAAAGAGCGCUUCGGAGCGCGAGCGCGGGGCGCGCGCACCUAUAAAUACGAGCGGCCGGGCCCGGGAGUCCGCGAUCGCGCGGCGCUCAGGGCAGGCCAGGCGCGCGUGGGUCCCGGGCGCGGAGGGCGAACCCGGCGCGCGUGAGUCCCGGCGGCGUCCGAGCGCCCAGGACCGAGCAUGGCCCGCCCGCGGGAGGGCAGGGCCGCCGCCUCGCACACCGCCCGCGCCCCGCACCCUGCCCAGCCCGGGUCGCCGAGCCUCGCGGCCGCCGCUUAACACUAGGCACUCGCCGCUCGCUUCUCCGGCCCCGCGGAACUGACGCCGCAGACGGACACAAUGGCGGCGGCGACCGCCACCGCGGGCACGGCCGCCUGCAGCAGCAGCAGCAGCAGCAGCAGCCGCCGCGGCGUCACGGACUCGGCGGCCACCAGCGGGGUGCAGCUGCCGCCGCCUCCGGCCGCCGCUCAACCCGAGCCUGUCCGCAAGCCGCGCGUGGACCCGCGGCGCCGCCAGGCUGCCCUGUCCUUCCUCACCAACAUUUCGCUGGACGGACGGCCGCCACUGCAGGACGACGAAUGGGGCGGCCGCGAGGAGGGCGGCGCGACCAAGCCGGGAGCGAGGGCUCGGCUUAGCCUGCUGGCCGCCAGCUGCAACACGUUCUCGGUUCCCGGCACCGUGGCCGCGCCGUGGACCGCCGGCUCCGGCCCUUGCCCGCUGCCACCAUCCCUGGUCCCCCGAGCGUCGGGGGAGUCGCUGCCUCCCCGUUCAGCCCCAGCCGUCACCAGUGCUCAACUGCAGCUGCUCGACGGGCCGGGAGGCGCCGGACAGGAGGAACUGGAGGAGGACGAUGCCUUCAGCAACGUGCAGGUGCCACUGGCCAGCUUCUUGGGCUCCGGGACCCCCGGGAGUGCGAGCGGCAGUCGGGGCCGCCUCAACUCGUUCACUCAGGGAAUCCUGCCCAUCGCUUUCUCCAGGCAGAACUCGCAGAACUACUGCGCCUUGGAGCAGCCAGGCCAGGGCGGCAGCACUAGCGCCUUGGAGCAGCUGCAGAGGUCCCGACGUCGCCUUAUCUCCCAGAGAUCAUCUUUGGAGACCCUGGAAGAUAUUGAGGAGAAUGCCCCUCUCCGCAGAUGUCGAACACUCUCAGGUUCUCCCAGACCAAAGAACUUUAAGAAGAUUCAUUUUAUCAAGAGUAUGCGACAGCAUGAUACCAGGAAUGGCAGAAUAGUCCUUAUCAGUGGCAGAAGAUCCUUCUGUAGUAUAUUUUCCGUGCUGCCGUAUCGAGACAGUACCCAAGUCGGGGACCUGAAACUGGAUGGAGGGAAGCAGUCAGCAGGGGCUGUGAGCCUGAAGGAGAUCAUUGGCCUUGACGGUGUGGAGCUGGGUGCUGACGGGAAGACAGUGUCCUAUACCCAGUUUCUACUACCCACAAAUGCCUUCGGAACCCGGAGAAGUACCAUAGACUCCACCUCCUCCUUCUCCCAGUUCCGGAACCUGAGCCACCGCAGCCUCUCCAUGGGCCGUGCCAGCAGCACCCAGGGGAGCCUUGAUGCAGGAAGUGACCUGGGAGACUUUAUGGACUAUGACCCAAAUCUCCUGGAUGACCCCCAGUGGCCUUGUGGCAAGCACAAGCGAGUCCUGACUUUCCCUUCAUACAUGACCACGGUGAUUGACUACGUGAAGCCCUCAGAUCUCAAGAAGGACAUGAACGAAACCUUCAAGGAAAAGUUUCCUCACAUCAAGUUAACACUCAGCAAAAUCAGGAGUCUGAAGAGAGAGAUGCGGAAGCUUGCCCAGGAGGACUGUGGCUUUGAGGAGGCCACGGUGGCCAUGGCCUUUGUCUACUUUGAGAAGCUCGCCCUCAAGGGGAAACUGAACAAGCAGAACCGGAAGCUCUGCGCUGGAGCAUGUGUGCUGUUAGCAGCCAAGGUCGGAAGUGACCUCAAAAAGCAUGAAGUCAAGCAUCUGAUUGAUAAACUGGAAGAGAAGUUCCGACUGAAUAGGAGGGAGCUGAUUGCCUUUGAAUUUCCAGUGUUGGUGGCCUUGGAAUUUGCACUUCAUCUGCCAGAGCAUGAAGUCAUGCCCCACUACAGACGCCUGAUCCAGAGCUCCUAGCACAGGCCCCAGGAGGGCCAGGGACUGCUUCCUCCGAGUGCAUGGAGCCUCCCUUACUACCGGAGAGUGGGGCUGGGCCCACCAACCUGAGUCUCCUUGAUGCUUCAUUUUCAUGGAGAAGCCGAACCUGGAACUUGCUGGGAGACGUUGCUCAGGCUUAGCAAGAGAAGGCUUGUGCUGGGGAUGAUGGGGACCCUCCCAGGUCCCCACAACCAGACCUCAGUCGUGACCGCUCUCCCUCCCUCCCAGGCACGUGUGAGACGCUCUGCCUGGAAGCGUGCCGUGCAGGAUUGGGGGAAGCUGCUGAAAGCGCCCUCUCCCUGUGUCAAGAGCGUGCCAAUCUAUUUUUAUAUCUGCCAUCGGAAGUGCACUUUCCCUGGGCACAGGGUGUGGGUGUGCAAGUGUCUGAGGGGCACUGUUACACUUGACUCCCAAAGCCUUCUAUGGAGCUGGCUCGUUCUGAUUUCUAGGUAAUGACUCAGAUCCAGAGUGACGUCUCUGCUCUUAGGACAUACCACUGUUUAUGAGACUGUACCUGCCACUCACUGGCCAGAGGCAACCGUUUUCAACAGUGGGAUAAGUCAUGUGCAGAGCGGCUCACUCCAGAUUCCCUGCCGUCCUACCACGGGCUUCUGUUUAACCCUCCAGCUCUUGCCCGUGGAGACACGAGGGCCACACUCCAUAGCGUGUAUUCCUGUGCUCUAUGUUAGAGUGCAUAAUGAGCGCGUUUACUGUGCUAAAUACAUACGUGUGUGUGUGUGUUCUGUAAUUCUGUAUUGGGGGUGAGAUGCAUGAUCGGUGUCAUGUGGCUUUUGCAGCUGGGACAAACUACAUUUCAAGCUGUGGUUAAGUUGGUUGUUAGUACACAAUUGUGACUUGUCCUGAGUCAAUCCAGGACCACCUGUCCUGAAGCAUUAACCAUGCUGUCACCUGGUAGUUAUACAGGUAUAACUUUACUGAAGAAAGCUUGUGGCCAUGGAAAAAGAAUUAAAAUGUUUUGUUCUUUUAACAUAUACAUAAA